UAGGCUAACAACAAGACACAAUUCGCUUUGUCUCAUCCCAGCAGCAAUGCCGCUCCUACUCCUCUCUAUCAUUCUCCUUGCUCUCCUACUACUGCUAAUAACCAUCUCCAACUCCAAGAAUCGCAAGCCAUACUGCAAUGGAAACUCGCUCCCUCCAUCAUCGUGGCCUUGUCUCCCGCUCAUAGGCAAUCAAUUCCACCACUACCCUCCCACUAUCACUUCCCUCACCGAGGCUCUCCGGCGUCUCCACGCCGCUCAUGGACCGGUCGUCUCCCUCUGGGUCGGCAGCAAGCCAGCCAUAUUCAUCUCCUGCCAUGAUCUCGCGCACCGCGCCCUCGUGCACAUGGGCACCACGUUCGCGCACCGCCCGGCAUCAUGGUACAGCGGACUGAACAGCCAUUGUGUGAACAGCGCCACCUACGGCAGCCGCUGGGGCCUCCUCCGCCGCAACCUCUGCUCGCACCUUGGGGCAGCGCACGUCAAGGAUGUGCUCCGGUCAUCCGGCGAUAGGCUCAUCAAGAUCCUCGAGUCGGCAGCAGCGGCAGCAGCAGCAGGGGAGGACGGCGCCGGCGCCGUCGUUGCCCCAUUGGAGACGUUCCGGCAUGCCGUCUUCGGCUUCUUCGCCGCGCUUUGCUUCGGCCAAGGGGUCGUCGAGGAAGACAUGCUCGGACGUCUGCGAGACCUUCAUGCCGAGAUCAUAUCGCUUAUUGUUGAGCUUGAUGCGUUCCACCUUUUGCCUGCAUUCCUCCAGGUCGUAUGCUAUUUUCCCAGGUGGCGGAAGCUCUUGAGCGCUCAAAAGAGGCACCAUCUUCUCGUGACAACAAUCAUCGCUGCUCGCCGAACAAGGAGAGAGGAGGUCGUCGGACAAGACGCUGCAGAGCCUCGAUGCUACGUGGAUACCCUUCUUGGGCUUGAACUUGAAGAACUCGGAGAAGAUGAGAUGGUGAGCUUGUGCUGGGAGUACAUGAACGCCGCGGUAAAGACCACGACAACGGCGCUCCAGUGGAUCAUGGCACGCCUUGUCCUCCAUCAGGAAAUCCAGCAAAAGCUGCGGAACGACAUCGCUAGCAGGCGAGCCAGCGGCGAUCACCAGCAGAGGCCAUUCGUGGAGGCCGUAGUGCUCGAAGCCCUGCGUCUUCACCCGCCGGCGCACUACCUCUUGGCGCACACCACGGACAAGGACGUCUCCCUCGGCAAACACGUGAUACCCAGGGGCUCCGUUGUGAACUUCGGUGUGGCUACCAUUGGGCGGGAUGAAACUUCGUGGACUGACCCCGGCGUGUUCAGGCCUGAGCGGUUCAUGGAAGGCGGAGAAGGCUCCGGCGUCCAUUGUACCAGCGGUGGCAGCAGCGGAUCGGAGACGAUGAAGAUGAUACCGUUUGGUGCCGGGCGGAGGGCGUGUCCGGGCGCUGCGGUUGCCAUGACGGUGUUGCAGUCGUUUGUUGAGGAUCUGGUCAUGCGCUUCGAGUGGAAACGGGCUACAACUGGUGCCGUCGUCGGGGAAUCCGUCGACAUGACUGAGAAACUAGGGAUUAUAACCGAGAUGAAGGUGCCAUUACAAACUCACUUGGUUGUUAGACAAAAUUCGGACGGCUCGCAUAUAUAUAAACGAACAAUAUAUGGUAGGUAGGCUAAACCUGUGCACGUAUACCGCUGUUCGUUUUUCUUUCUGUUGGUGUUCUUGGAGAAAAGACAGUGGUAAGUGCACAGGCUGUAACCUACACCUGUAAUUGCAUUGUUAAUUGUUAUGCACUUAUUAUAUAUGUUUUAGUUUGUACUCUAUAGUCCAUAGUGGUAUCCUACUACCUAGGAUGUGGAGCAUGCACACUGUGCCCACCGUAAGGUUAUUAAGAGCACGUGGUAGAGCUUCAGCUCUAGUUAAAAUA